AUGCAGGGAAAGAUGGGUUUGCUCCUCCUUGCCGCGGCUUUCUCCGCCGCCGUGUUCAUGCAGAUGGCGGUGGCCACCAACGUCGUUCCCGCGAUUUACGUGUUCGGGGAUUCCACGGCGGACGUGGGGAACAACAAUUUCUUGCCGGGGAACCAGGCGAAGGCAAACUUCGCUCACAACGGGAUCGACUUCCCAGGCGGCACGCCUACGGGGAGGUUCAGCAAUGGCUACAACGGCAUUGACUACUUGGGUAGGCCACCUUUCCUCUUCGUUAUUAUCGUCGUUCCCCAUUAGGAACCCGUGUAGCACCAGGAGAACUUAAAAAUGGGGUCUGCUUCGUUUUUAUCAGCGAAAAAGCUGCGGUUCAAGAAGAGCCCGCCGGCGUACCUUUCCAUCACCCGGGAGGCCAUGCUGUACCGUGGUGCGAACUUUGCUUCGGGGGGGUCGGGCAUCCUCGACGCCACUGUAAGUCUCUAAUCGUUCGAUCAAAAUCAGCUUAUAGUGAGUGGACCAGUCUGAAUGACUAGAGCGCCGUUAGAUUUGUCACAGAAACUUGAAACACUCACUCUUUGUUUCUCGGAUCGUGUCAAUCAUUCAGGGCCGCAACAUUUCCAUUUCUCUGAACCAGCAGAUCAAGGACUACGAAGAGAUCACUCGGCAUCUGAAGAGUCGAGUCGGUGCCACCGCCGCCGAUCGUUUCCUUUCCAAGUCCUUGUUUAUUUUCAGCACGGGAAACAACGAUAUGCUCGGUUUCUACACCGUCUUUGGACUCAAGAAUGCUACUCAGCAGGACCUUCUCAUUGGACAGUUGGCCAAUCAGUUUAAAAACCAGUUGCAGGUAAUCUCUCUCUCUCUCCCUUCUUUCUCCCUCCUCUCUCUCCCUCUUCCCUUUUCUCUCUAUUCAUAUAUUCGUCAAUGUACCGCGGAAAUAUACAUCUAGUCGCUAUAUUUGAUGUAGCUCGACCAUGACAGACACUGUACAAUCUCGGAGCGAGGAAAUUCGUUGUGUUCGGUGCCUCUCGCCUUGGCUGCGUCCCCACUCUAAGACGGGCUAUCCCCAGCGGCGAAUGCGCAGAAGACCUGAACAAGCUUUCUCAGCAGUUUAACAAGGCCACAGAGGCCGUACUGCAUAGCCUUGCCUCCACCCUGAAAGGCUUCUCCUACUCCUUCAUCAAGGUGUACGACAUCAUUUCCGUUGUUUCAUCCAACCCGACAAAAUACGGUACGCUUGCUCCCCCUCCCCGCCCCCCGAACAUCUUCUUUAUCCUGACCUUCCAUGUUCGUUGGCCUUACGUCGUCUUCUUGGCCUCUUCGAAGGGUUCACGGAUCUCGUAUCCGCUUGCUGCGGUUCUGGGAAAUUCAACGCUGAAUCAAGCUGCACGCCCAACGCGACCUAUUGCUCCAACAGGGACCAGUAUUUCUACUGGGACCGGCUACACCCCACGCAGGCUACCAGCAGGCUGAUCUCCAACACGGCAUUUCGUGGGCGCAAGUACACCACACCAGUAACUGUCGAACAAUUGGCUGAUUCUCGAAGGAGAUACUGA